GGCUGAGAAACAUACUACCUAAUCUGAUGGGACACAGUUGGGACUAGAUUCUUAAUCUAUUCAUCCUAGUGCCUGGCAUGUGGUUGAUGUUCAUUUGAUGUCUGCUAAGUGAGUGUAGUUAGAAUAGUAAAGAAGCUAAUCUGCUUUCAAAGUUCACAGGCUUCAUCUUUGUAGGGUUUAUGGUUGUGAGUGUUGUGUGCACAUAAGAAUGAUUGUAAAAUCAACAAUAUUCUCUUCUGAUUCCAUUUGGUCACCCUAAAUGUUUUGGUUUAGGAUCUGGGAACAGUUGAAAUCGACCAUUUGCCUUGAACAGCAGCAGUAUAGAGCCAAUUUCCUUAAAUUCCUGGACAUUAUUUGGUGGUACAGCUCUGCAGCUCAUUUCAAAAGUGAUAUCAAAAAGAACUAUUUACUGUUGAGAGCUGCUACAUGUAUUUUAACAGAUUUGUUCUCUAGUUGUUAAGACUCCAAAAUCAGCCCCUCAAAAAAUGGCAAUUGAGUACCCUUUACUAGCAAGGUCCUGAAGGAAUUUCAAAAGAAUCAAAUUACAGCCCCUUUCGCAGCAAGAGUCUAGGAAUCUAGUAUAGAUAUAGAUAGGAAUGCCCACCCAUUACUUGUUUCCCAGCUACUAGGAUAUGAAGACUUCAGUGUGAAUGACAUACCCCCUAUAGGAGUACAGGGCCUUUGUGUGGUUGCUUUAGGAAACCUUCCUGGGAAGAGGUGACUUACAGCAGGGCCUUGAAGUAUUAGUAGAAUCUCUGAUAGGGAAACCAGGUACUUUGAUGGAGCAAGCAGUGACCUCCACAUUUUUUAUGUGGAGAAGUAGACUAGAGUGUACAGGCAUAGCAAGGGCCUUCUGAAUAGCAGUUUUUACUUGCUUGGUUCUAGGGAGGAUUGGUUGCCAGCUCAUUCUCAAUUUCCUUGAUUUCUUUCCUGUAACAAUGAAAAAAAUCAUCAGGUAACUUCUUAUCAUUUCUCAUAUACCAGAUGUGUACUGGAUGAACUUCUCUGACCACUUGUUUGAAUCAAGAGAAGGAAGAAUUCAGAAGACUGAAUAAACCCCAGAAGAGCCCAAAUAUACCAGUCAGGGAGGGAGCUUUGAAAAUCUCAUCACUGCCUGAACCUGGUGGCCCCCUAGGCAAUCUCAUCAUUCUUCAGUUGUAAUCUUUGCCAAGCUGGAACGCCUUUAUUGAUUUGCAGUCUCCAAACAUGUUUCUGGUAGCCUGCCUGGAGCUUGGGAUUCUUUAGGUGCUUCCUGACCUAUUUGCUUCCCACUAUCAUUUGCUCUGAAAAGACCUUAUGUUAGAAAGAAGCUGAUGAUCUUGAGGCUUUGGCAGUACAGGUUUGGUGAGAAUGGAGAACCCUCCCAGCAAUUACAGGAGAAAAUGAGAAAAGUGCCUGAAGGAGGAAACAGUGACGGACCUGGAGACUGCAGCUCUUUAUCCCUCACACAGCUCUUUCACCAUGCCUGGGUCACUUCCUUUGAAUGCAGAAGCCUGCUGGCCAAAAGAUGUGGGAAUUGUUGCCCUUGAGAUCUAUUUUCCUUCUCAAUAUGUUGAUCAAGCAGAGUUGGAAAAAUAUGAUGGUGUAGAUGCUGGAAAAUAUACCAUUGGCUUGGGCCAGGCCAAGAUGGGCUUCUGUACAGAUAGAGAAGAUAUCAACUCUCUUUGCCUGACUGUGGUUCAAAAUCUUAUGGAGAGAAAUAGUCUUUCCUAUGAUUGCAUUGGGCGGCUAGAAGUUGGAACAGAGACAAUCAUCGACAAAUCAAAGUCAGUGAAAACUAAUUUGAUGCAGCUAUUUGAGGAGUCUGGAAAUACAGAUAUAGAAGGAUUAGAUACGACUAAUGCAUGCUAUGGAGGCACAGCUGCUGUCUUCAAUGCUGUUAACUGGAUUGAGUCCAGCUCUUGGGAUGGACGAUAUGCCCUGGUAGUUGCAGGAGAUAUUGCUGUAUAUGCCACAGGAAAUGCCAGACCAACAGGUGGAGCUGGAGCCAUUGCUCUGCUAAUUGGGCCAAAUGCUCCUUUAAUUUUUGACCGAGGGCUUCGUGGGACACACAUGCAGCAUGUCUAUGACUUUUACAAGCCUGAUAUGCUCUCCGAGUAUCCUAUAGUAGAUGGAAAACUCUCCAUACAGUGUUACCUCAGUGCAUUAGACCGCUGCUAUUCUGUCUACCGCAAAAAGAUCUGUGCCCAGUGGCAGAAGGAGGGAAUUGAUAAAGAUUUUACCUUGAAUGAUUUUGGCUUCAUGAUCUUUCACUCACCAUAUUGUAAACUGGUUCAGAAAUCUCUGGCUCGGAUGUUGCUGAAUGAUUUCCUUAAUGACCAGAACAGAGAUAAAAAUAGUAUCUAUAGUGGCCUGGAAGCUUUUGGAGAUGUUAAAUUAGAAGAUACCUACUUUGAUAGAGAUGUGGAAAAGGCAUUUUUGAAGGCUAGUUCUGACCUCUUUAAUCAGAAAACAAAGGCAUCUUUGCUUGUAUCAAAUCAAAAUGGAAAUAUGUAUUCACCUUCAGUAUAUGGUUGCCUUGCUUCUAUUCUAGCACAGUACUCACCUCAGCAGUUGGCAGGGAAGAAGAUUGGAAUGUUCUCUUAUGGUUCUGGUUUGGCAGCCACCCUGUACUCCCUUAAAGUUACACAAGAUGCUACACCAGGAUCUGCUCUUGAUAAAAUAACAGCAAGUUUGUGUGAUCUUAAAUCAAGACUUGACUCAAGAACUUGUGUGGCACCAGAUGUCUUUGCUGAAAAUAUGAAGCUCAGAGAGGACACUCAUCACUUGGUGAACUAUAUUCCCCAAAGUUCCAUAGAUUCACUCUUUGAAGGAACAUGGUACCUGGUUAGAGUGGAUGAAAAGCACAGAAGAACUUAUGCUCGGCGUCCCUCUCCAAAUGAUGACUCUUUGGAUGAAGGAGUAGGACUUGUACAUUCAAACACAGCAACUGAGCAUAUUCCAAGUCCUGCUAAGAAAGUGCCAAGACUCCCUGCAACAGCAGCAGAACCGGAAGCAGCUGUCAUUAGUAAUGGGGAGCAUUAAGAUACUUCUUUGAGUUGUAAAGACUUCAGUGUAGGUUGGGGUGGGUGGCGAUAUGAAUAAGGUUGGGGGAAAUGGGCUGUCUUGGGACAAUUUCGAAGGAUUACAUGUUGCCUAAAUUUUUAUGUGACUGACAUGGAGCCUGGAAAACUUAUCGUGUUCUUUGGAAAGUCUUUUUGCUCAAUUUGCUAACUUGCUUCCUAUUGUGGUUUAGCCAAUGCCAAAUGUACUUGAAUAAUGUUAAGGGCUCUGUAAAACUUUAUACCUUUCUGGCUGUUUGUAUGCAUGAAGUUUAGUUUUUUAAAUGUGGUUUAAUGAAUCAUGUGCUUCUGGCAGAAGAAAACAGAAGUACUAGUCUCCAAUUUUAAUUUUUUUAAAAUACAUAAAAAUUUUGUAGUGCUUUGAACAAACAAUUACUGAAAGUUCCUGUGGUUUUUGAAAAAAAAGUUCCUGGUUUGGGGAAUGUGAUGUUAAAAUGUGAUAUGUACAAACCCUGUUUGAAAAUGGCAAGACCAGACAUGUUCUUUUUUCUAAAAUUUAUAAAUGUUGAAGAAGGAGAAAAGAGGACAGUAACACUGGUUCUAGAAAUUGAGUGCUGAUUUAAAUCCAGUCCAGCAGUGACUGGAAGUUAAUUGUAAUGAACUCUGUGAACAGAUAGAUGGUAGCAUUGAACAGUCUUCUGGUAUAGAAAACACAGUACAUUUGGGAGCUGUGGGCAUAGCUCUAGGUCUGCUCCUGAAUCAGUUCUAGGCGGACUUUGCUGAACAACAGAUGUUACUGGGGCUCUAUAUGAGGAAGUUUGUUGUUGUAAUCCUUAGCACCUUAUCUGGAAGGAUAAAUGAAACCUUUUUUCUGGCUGCCCUUUUUUAUUUAAAGCGAAAAGAUCGCUUAUUUUUCAGUUACUUUUGAUGCUUCAGUGUUAUAAAUUCAACUUAAAGACUGACAACCUAAAUUCAUGGUGUACAUGUUCUUUCUUUUUUUGUGGUAUCUGUUCAAUGAAAAUAAGAAGAUCCAACCUAGGUUUUUACAUAGUCUGCCUAGCCAAAAAGAAUAUUCCAUUUCAGGGUCUGGGAGUAGGAUUUAUAAAGCAUUCUCUCAGACUUUCACCUUAAAACAACAACAAAAACUCUCACAUGGGAUGAAUAAGACUAGUUAGACAGGGUUGUAGAUCUUUUUUGGUGCUGAACUAUGACAUGAGCCUUAUAGAUUGUAAAAUAAAGGUAGUUGGAACUAAUGUACAGAACUAAAUUUUUAAAUUUUAUUUGCUGUUAAAUUCUGUGAAGUUUCAGUUAUCUAAAAUAUACUUACACAAAUAUGAAAUGUAAUGUUUCAGAUUGCAAGGUAAUAUGUAAAGUAGUGUUUUAAAAUACUCUUGUCUAAUAUUAACUAGUAGUAUUUUGAUUUGUAUAGUCAUAAUUUGUUAAAAUGACUUCAUUUUAACAUACACUGAUUAAUAAUGUAAGUUCAGAUUUAAAGAUGGGAAAAUGGUGCAUGUAAUACUUUUGCAAAUAUUGGGAGUUUGGAAUGUUUUGAAGGAGUAACUUAACUUUUGGGUGCCAGGAAAUGGAUUUUCUCAAAGUCCUUUGCCAGCAGUGGGCAGGCCUAGUGAUACUGGCACAGAGAAUUUUAACUGUACACUUUACUACCAGUGAGGUGAAUAACCUUGAAAUAAAGUUUUAGAGAAAUACUUCAA